AUGGUAUCGUUCCGAGGCGCAUUCGCCUUUGCCGCCGACACGACUGUCCUUACUAUGAAGCGCGCGUACGAAGGGGAGGAUGACAGCGAGCACCAGGCCAAAGUACAGCGGCUUUCGCAUCCCGAUAGACUAUCGAGGUUGAGUGAAGAAUUGCUUGUGCGCGUACUGUCUUUCGUGCCCAUAUCCUCACUACUAGUAUGCCAAAGGGUGUCAAAGAAGUUUAGCCGCCUUUCUGUCGAUUCAGAACUAUGGAAGGCCGCUUACUACCGCACAUUUGUCCUCCCGAGAGCGUCGCGGAUACCAGGCAUCAAGGGCCCUGCGAACCUUAGUCGGCUACACUAUUCCUCGCGACUAUCGAAAUGGUUAGAAGAUGGCUACUUGGUCAAAGACGGAUCACAAACGAAUUGGAAGCAACAAUAUCGGUUACGGCAUAAUUGGACCCAGGGACAAUGCGCCGUUAGUGAGAUCGUGGUUGCCGAAAGGUCUCCAGAUCCGCCGCUGUUGGUGAUGAUGUCUAAUAGCAUUAUCUAUGCUGCAGAUUCCAUAGCAGGCCUCCGAGCGUGGAGUUCGAAGAGCAACAGGGAACUACUCGCAUCUACCGAACUAUCUAGUGAAACAGACACGGCUCGAUUACCAAUAUCCAUGGCCAUAGAUGCUUCCCACGCGGUGGACGAUUCCGAAAGAGUUGUUAUUGGCUUUGAAGAUGGGUCUUUCUCCAUCUACGCUCUCGAAACGAAUCGCAAGACGUUCACGAAUGUCUUUACCCAUCCACCAUCGACGAACGGAAUGUUAUCGGCUCUCGCCUACUCGUCACCUUACCUUCUCACGAUGACCGAAGAUCAUCUACUCUCGCUAUACGCUUUUGAAGCAAUACCAGGGAAGCUCGGCCUUCUAGAGCCUCCGAAACUCCUAUAUUCCCUAAGAUCGAACACCGCAUGGCCACCUGUUGCACUAUCACUGCGAACAACAGCAACGAGCAUGACUGCCGCCAUCGCAUACUCCCUACCAACGUACUUGUCUGGCUGGAGUGUCGGGGUGCAAGAGCUGAUACUUUCGCACAAAGGAGAAGUGAUCGAGUCGCGGCUAGCUACUGCGGCGGAUGAACAUUCAUUUACGCUUUCUACAUACCGCGCGGCCUCCUCUUCUGCACGCUCGUCGUCGCCUUUGCCAGGUAGCGCCGGCGAAGCCCAAAUGCCGAGCGGACCAAGCCGAUCGAAACCUACCUCUAUGUCGUACUCGCAUCCUUAUCUCCUCGUCGCGCAUCCUGACAACACACUAUCGCUCUACCUAGUUCGAUCCACAUCACAAGCUUUAUCAAUCACUUCCGGCAACCGUCUCUGGGGCCAUACAUCUUCAAUAUCCGGUGCUCAUGUUGGCAUGCGAGGCAAGGCCGUAUCCGUGAGUAGACUAGGAGAUGAGCUCCGCGUGUGGGACUUGGAGGGUGGCAUGACGUCUUCGGCGAACCGCAAGCGCUCAAGAAACGGAGAACUGAGCGUUCGUGUGCAGCCAUCCAAGGCCAGUGAGGAGUACACACAGGACGAUGACUCAGGUCAUCAAGUGGGCCUGCGGCUCGCGCUUGACCAGGGUUUCGACGACUCUUCCAUUAGUCGCGGUUGGGUCGGGUUUGACGAGCAGAACGUGAUUGUGCUGCGAGAAAAGAGCGAAGGUAGUCAGGCUCUGGUGAUCUACGAUUUUACGUGA